AUGUCGACAUCCAGCACGGACAAGGAAGGGUACCCCUUCAACAGAGACGCUUUCGCCUCGACUCGGCUGAACCUCCAACACCAGCUCUUCAUUUGCUCCACAGGCUACCACCUGCACUCCAAGGUCGCCGUUCCUCAAAACGCCCUGGUAGCCGACAUUGGCUGCGGAACCGGUAUCUGGUCCCUCGAGGUCGCUAAACAAUUGCCAGUGGGUAGCAAACUCGAAGCCUACGAUCUGAGCCUUGCCCAAACUCCGCCUACGCAAUGGUGGCCGAGCAAUGUCACCUUCUCCCAAAUGGACAUCUUCGCCGACAUCCCGCAGCAUCUGCAAGGCCGUUACGACGUCGUCAAUAUCCGCCUGUUCAUGUGCGUCGUCCAGUCUGGCGAUCCCAUGCCUCUUCUUCGCAACUUGAUGAAACUGCUCAAACCGGGUGGGUACCUGCAGUGGCAGGAAUACGACCCAUCGACGGACAAAGUCGUGUGCGCGGACCCCAACACUUCUGCCCCAAAACUCGACAUUCUGCGUGCUGCGAUCCGUGGUCCCGCGGGCAAUCAAGCACACAUCCUCAAGGACCACUGGGUGCCCAACUUGCACACCCGCUUUUCCGAAGCCGGUGGUGCGCUGAUGGCGCACGAGAAGGUCUGGACUCCGAAUGAGUACGUCACCAUCAAGCAGGAUGUCACGUUCUUGGCUGUGCGAGAGUGGAUUGCGAAUAUGAGGGUUAAGGAGCCUGGUAGUGAGGGUGCCACCAAGUUGGAGAAGAUGGUGGCUGACGUGGAGGAGGAGUGCUGGAAGUUGCAGCGCGGGACUUUCGCGGACUCGGAGAUUGUGACUUGGGUCGUCAGGAAGAACUAA